AGUGCAGCAGGAAAGAUCAGAUUCAGCAGAGCCCAGCUGUGUGUCCAUGAAGAGUGACUGGUCUAUGGAUCAUCCACCAGAAAUGAAGGGUGGAGACAAAAGCCAAAGUAACAGGUACAAUACUGUUUAUGGGAUUAACGCUAAAGGAUUAGUUCACUUCCAAAAUUAAACAUUUUCUGCAAAUUUACUCACCCCCAUGUCAUCCAAGAUGUUUAUUUCUGUCUGUCUUCCUUUGAAAAGAAAUUAAGGUUUUUAAGGUAAACCUUAAUUUUUGCUCCUGGAUUUUUCUCCAUAUAAAUGGACUUCAAUGGUGGCCAAAGGGCUGAAGGUCCAAACUGCAGCUUGCAUGCAGUUUCAAGGGGCUCUACACCAGUGGUUUUUCCACCUACCUGUCAUGGUUCAGAUGAGGCAAGGACUCAAUGUGCAGGAAGAAAUUAGGAUUUAUUAAUAAUAAACACAACAAAAUUAUCAAAAACUAACCCAAGGGAAGGAAACAGGCAAGCAGCCAGGAAUAAGACACUGCAAGCCAGAAAUGGGCAGACCAGGACCACACAGUUUAAUCCAGCAGGAAAGAUCAGAUUCAGCAGUGCAUAGCUGUGUGUCCAUGAAGAGUGACUGGUCUAUGUCUCAUCCACCAGAAAUGAAGGGUGGAGACAAAAGCCAGAGUAACAGGCAAAUCCUGCGACCCAGACCAGCUGUAACAGAACCAGUCUGUAAGAAAAUGAAAUAUGAUGAGUCUGUGAAUCAACCACAGGACUUUAAUGAAAGCUUGUGUCCUGGCAUCAGCCAUACUGUUCUCAACACAUUUAGAUCAAAUCUGAAGAAUAAGUUUGAGUGUCUGUAUGAGGGAACAGUGACGCAGAGAAACCCAACACUCCUGAAUGAGAUCUACACAGAGCUGUACAUCACAGAGAGUGAGAGUGGAGAGAUCAGUAAUGAACACGAGGUGAGACAGAUUGAGACACAAUCCAGGAGAACAGCAUCAGAGGACAAACCAAUCAAAUGUAGAGACAUCUUUAGAGCUUUACCUGGACAAGACAAACCCAUCAGAACUGUGCUGACAAAGGGAGUCGCUGGCAUUGGAAAAACAGUCUCUGUGCAGAAGUUCAUCCUGGACUGGGCUGAAGGGAAAGAGAAUCAGGACGUCCAGCUCAUAUUUCCUCUUCCUUUCAGAGAGAUCAAUCUGAUAAAGGACAAAACACUCAGUCUUUCAGAUCUUCUUCAGGUCUUUUUCCCUGAAAUAAAAGAAAUGGAAAUAUCCAGUGAUGAAUAUAAAGUGUUGUUUAUCUUCGAUGGUCUCGAUGAGUACCGUUUUCCCUUAAACUUUAAAAGCAAUGAGACUUUACUGGAUGUGACCAAAGAGACAUCAGUGGACGUGCUGCUGACGAACCUCAUUGUGGGGAAUCUGCUUCCCUCUGCUCUCAUCUGGAUCACCUCCAGACCAGCAGCAGCUGAUCUCGUCCCCUCUGAGUGUGUCCAUCGAGUAACAGAGGUACGAGGCUUCAAUGACCCACAGAAGGAGGAAUACUUCAGGAAGAGAGUCAGUGAUCAGAGUCUGGCCGAGAGGAUCAUCUCACACCUGAAGUCAUCAAGGAGCCUCUUCAUCAUGUGCCACAUCCCAGUGUUCUGCUGGAUCUCAGCCGCUGUUCUGGAGAAGAUGUUGAGUCGAGCAGAGCGUGGAGAGAUUCCCAAGACUCUCACUCAGAUGUACACACACUUCCUGACGGCACAGAUUAAUAUUAAAGACACAAAGUACAAUGACAACAAGGACACAGAUACAGAAAUGGUUUUCAAAUUGGGGAAACUUGCAUUUGAGCAACUGGAUAGAGGCAACCUGAUCUUCUAUGAGGAAGACCUGAGAGAGUGUGGCAUUGAUGAGACAGAAGCAUCAGUGUACUCAGGAUUGUGCUCUCAGAUCUUCAGAGAGGAGUCUGGCUUGUAUCAGGGGAAAGUCUUCUGCUUUGUUCAUCUGAGUGUUCAGGAACAUCUAGCAGCUCUAUAUGUGCACCUCUCCUGUACAAACCAAAACAUCAAUGCAUUUGACCAAAUUUUGGUAAAAAAGAAUCUUCAAGUAUCUGACCUGUAUAAGAGAACUGUAGAUGAUGAAUAUAACUCAAAGUUCUAUAAAUAUUCAAUGUCAAUAUAUUCAUUUUCCGAGCUGCAUCAGAGAGCUGUGAAUGAGGCUUUACACAGAAAAAACGGACAUUUGGACCUUUUCGUUCGUUUUCUGUGUGGUCUGUCAAUGAAGACUAACCAGUCUCUCUUAAAGGAUCUAAAGAUACAGAAAGAAACCUGCUGUUACAACAAAGAGGAAACUGUUACAUUUAUCAAUAAUAUUAUCAGGAAAAGUCAAUCUCCAGAGAAAUCAAUCAAUCUUUUCCACUGUUUAAAUGAACUUGGUGACCAUUCUCUCAUUGAGGAAAUUCAACACUAUCUUAAAUCUGGUAAAAUAAAAAAAAUUGAGCUCUCAGUUUCUCAGCGGUCAGCUCUGGUUUUUGUGUUGCUGACCUCAGAACAGGAGAUGGAUAUGUUUUGUCUAAGCAAAUAUACAGGAUCACACAUGACUCCAGAUGAAGUACUUCAGACACUUCUCCCUGUGAUUAAAGCAACAAAAUCAGCUCAGCUUGAUGACCGUAAUUUAACAGAGAUAAGCUUCACUCAUCUGGCUUCAGUGCUCAGCUCAAACUGUUCGUGUCUGAGAGAUCUGGAUCUGUCUGGGAAUUAUCUGGGAAAUUAUGGAGUAGAGCUGUUUUGUGCUGGACUAAAGAAUCCACACUGUAAACUGGAGAAACUAGAGUUGAUGUGUUGUGGUGUCACAGAUAAAGGUUGUGCUGUUCUGGCUUCAGCUCUGAGAUCAAACCCCUCACACCUGAGAGAACUCAAUCUGGAGUGGAAUAAACUGGGGAAAGGUGUCAAGCUGCUCACUGAUCUUCAGAGGAAUCCAUACUAUAAACUUGAGACACUGAGGUUCAAUGAUAUGUAUGUCACAGCUGAAGGUUGUGCUGCUCUGGCUUCAGCUCUGAGAUCAAAUCCCUCACACCUGAAUCUGUGUGAGUGUAAUCUGGGAGAAUCGGGCAUGAAGCUUCUAUCCACUGUACUAGAAAAUCCUCAGUGUACAGUGAAAACACUCGAACUGAGGAAUUGUGGAAUUACGGCUGAAAGUUGUACUGCUCUGGCUUCAGCUCUGAGAUCAAACCCCUCACACCUGAGAGAACUGGAUCUGACAUGGAAUCAUCUGGGCGAUACUGGUGUGACACUGCUCUCUGCUGGACUGGAGCAUUCUCACUGUAAACUGGAGAUAUUGAAGUUGGAGCACUGUGCUAUUGCAGCUGAAGGUUGUGCUGCUCUGGCUUCAGCUCUGAGAUCAAACCCCUCACACCUGAAACAACUGGAUCUGACAUGGAAUCAUCUGGGAGAUACUGGUGUGACACUGCUCUCUGCUGGACUGGAGAAUCCUUACUGUAAACUGGAGAUGCUGAGGCUGAGGUAUUGUGGAGUCACAGGUGAAGGCUGUGCUGCUUUGGCUUCAGCUCUGAGAUCAAACCCUGAACACCUGAGAGAACUGGAUCUGACUGGGAAUAAACUUGGAGUGCAUCUGAUUUCUCAUCUAAAGAACGAUCCACUUUACAAGAUAGGGUUGUAACAAUAAGUGCAAUAUUCAGUACAAAUGCAUAUCCAAAUCUCAAGGAGAAAAUUAAGCCAACAAUCUGGAUGAAAAAAUCAGAUGAAUAGUAUUCAAUAUUACAUAGCAAUUCAAAAUAGUCCAGAUGUGCAAGCACUCUCAGUGGAAAAGAAAACACAAAUUCGAAAAUGUAUUUAACCAUUACCACAAAACUGAGGUAUGCACCAAUGUGUGAAUUUUGUGUACCGUUGCAGCCCUAUUAUUAUUUGGACAUGCUACAGUGAGUAUUAAUUGAAGUAUUAAUCUCAACCACAGAUUAAUGCAAAAGAUAAUUUUAAGCUUCUGUGCAGCUCAAACUCUCAUUCAGCAGAAGAGAUGCUCUGUAGAAAAAAGCAUCCUAUUACACCUUUACUAUUCUAUGGAAACCCAUUUCUGCCACAUAAGAAAAAAAAA